CUUCUACAGAGUGACCUUCGUGUGACCUAUUUGAGGCACACUGUGCUGCUUUCAAUUUUUAUGCAUUUGUUUGGGGUACCAUCCCUUUUUAUCCUCUUGGAAAAGUAAUUUAGUACAAAUGCAGUUUUUCGCCCUUUAGACUAAAAACGGGAGUUUUACCACCGCUUUUAUGUGUACUAACAAAGUUCCAGAACUGAAAGACACAAAGCAUUUGCUUGAAUAUCUCAAGGAAUUAUUGACAGAUAGAAUAAAUCUGUUAGCUUCCUCUGACUUAUAUAUACAUGUCCUGAGGAUUUUGGAAAAAGAAAUAUUAAACGUUCGAAGUGAAUUGUUUUCAGCCUUUGGUAUCUAUCAGAUAACCGAUGAAGAACUACCAGCUCCUGAAGGUCGAAAAGUCAGUCUUCAAGCCAAAGUGUAUAUGCCAACAGGAACUUCCAAUAACUACAACUUUGUUGGAAGAAUCCUCGGUCCUGAUGGAUCAACAGCUAAAUGUUUACAACAGUUUUUGGGCGUGAGAAUUAUGAUUCGUGGUCGAGGUUCCAUGCGUGAUCAGACGAAAGAAGAAGCCAAUGUUGGUCGACCUAAUUGGGAGCAUUUAAAUGAUAAUUUGCAUGUUUUAAUUAGUGUUGAAGAUUAUGAAAAUCGUGCAAAGGCUAGAAUUGAGAAAGCCAGUGAAUAUAUCAGUUUAUUUCUGGAAGAAAGUGUUAAAGUGUCUGAUAAAGACGAUAAGGUAAAAUUAAUGCAGUCAAUGGAGUUGUCUAUUAUGCGUAAAGCAUUUCAACAAGGUCAACAACAACAGUCUUCAGGUAUUAUUAUCCCCACUAGUCAUCAGUCAAUACUGCCGGGUUUCAAUGGAUUUACCCAGUACCCUCAACAAACUCAUACUCCAUCCUUUCAAUCCUCUGGUGCAUCAGAUCUAAGUAGUACACUGUAUCUACAGAAUAAUGGUGGCAAUGGUGGUCGGGGUGUUGGUGUUGGUGUUAGUUCUGGUGCUGAUGCCGCCAGUUUUAAUGGUACAUUUGGUUUUACCAACACUUAUCGAUCAAAUUAUCAACCAACCUACAGCCAGUCUGGUUCGUCGACACUCGGUGUUUCUGUUGGACCACCAGUAGGCAUAAACUACUGGCCUGGAAAUUAUUCAUCUCAGAGUUAUCCUAUUCCACAGUCACAGUGUUAUCAAAAUGUCACUGCGGCUGCAAUCAAUGCUAAUGCUCACAAUAAUAAUAACAGUGGUCACAAUUAUCAACAACAAUUUCAAAAGCAACAACAAUAUCAUAUACCAGAGAAAUAUCUUUCAGAGAAGUUGAUCUCAUCACAGAAGCUGAUGAAUAAUGGUAGUAGUAGUAGUAAUAGUAGUAGUAUCCCAUCACAAUCCAGUUAUGCAACACCGUUAAUAAUUUCUGCACAACACCAACAACAGCAACAACAAUGUGAUCAUUGUCGUCAACUGUAUGAUGAUCAGUUGUCAACAGUAAACUGUUUGUCUAAAUAUCCACUAAAUAAUAAUAAACACAAUUAUCCAAUAGGUAAACAUACAUCUGUUGCUGUUGUUGUACACACUAAGAGUAAUGUUGUCACUAAUGCGAGAAGUAAUAGUGACAGUUGCAUGAGUCGUACUCAUAAUAAUAAUAAUAGUAAUCCACCAGUUAGAAGACAAGUUCAUGGGAAUGAAUCGGUCAACAAAAGCAGCAACAGCAGCAAUAAUAACAAUAAUAAUAAGUCUUUCAAUUCUAUUUACCCAACCAAACAACCUGCCACCAGUGUUGAAUCGAAGCGACGCUAUUCUCAAAAACAUAAUCGUAAUAAUAAUGAUAAUAAUAAUAAUAACGGUUCUAAUCUGAAUCAUACAGAGGCAAGCAAUGAUUCAAACUCAAAUGAAAGUGUGCUAAAUCAUAACAACAGCACUAGAAAUGGCAGUCGUCCUAAUCAAGCUCAAAGUGACUCUGUUGUUGUCAGUAAAAUGAGCAAUAAAGAGAAUAAUAAUAGUAGUGGUUCUCCCGAUGAGUCUUACAGACAUGCUGCCGCCAAUGUUAGUCUUUCUUGUUCUCCUCUUACAGAGAGAACAGUUUCUGUUACUACAACUGCUACUACUAGUACUACCACUACUACUCCUGUCAUUCCUGAUCAUUCGAAUGUUGACCAGAUUGUAGCAGUUGAUGAAAGCAACACUAAACAUGAAUCCUCCUCCUCAUCUUCCUCUUCCAUCGCCUCGUCUUCUUCUUGUUGUAAAAACUCACAAUCUAACAGCAACAGCAACAAUAAUAAUAAUACAAAGUCAUCUGAUACCAGUGUAAAAUCUGUUGCAUUAAUAAUCGAUGAAACAGAAUGGCCAAAACUUGAAACAGCUGUUAAUACUAAGGAUACAAGAAAAACUUCAUUCACAGUGGCACGGAAAACUUUCAAACGAUCAUCAAUGUUAAAUGGUGAAAGGCAACAAACGAAGAAGUUAUGAUUUCAUAUAUGUGUGUGGAUUCUGGACUCCCUAGAAAUAUCUGCGCUUGUUCACACGAUAUACUGUUGUUAGCUAAAGAAUAAACUGAUUUGGGCGAAAAAAACAAAAGACAGUUGAAUAAAUUUCAUUGUUUGUGAAGGGUGAUGAAGUCGAAAAAGCGGAAUAUUUUUGAUUGUUAUUCAAUAAAAAGAAUAUAUCUUAUGCUGUGUAAUGUUUGUACAUCGUUUUCUCCUUUUUCCCGUGUAUACUUUUAUCGAUUGUGUAGUUUUUUUCCAGCUGUCUGCGAUAUUGUGAAUUUGCUUUCUGUACGCAAAUGUGUGGAUCUUUUAUUUGUCGUGUUUGCGUGUGUCUGUUAGAUAGAAUUGCGUUGUCUUUCCACAGUGUGAUUUUAGGCGCAUAUCUUGUGUUGUCAUGCUGUAGGUAUUGGUUAUGCAUAUGUUUGUGUGUCUUUCAACAUCUUGUAUUUUCAAAUUCUCCAUUCCUUCCCCCCGCCAACGUCUUUAUCGUGUAUGUUUUUAGUAUGUUUUCUUUCUUGAGAGAAUAAAGAAGAUUCCUAGCUCA